GUGCAACCCCUUCUCUGCAGGGUCCUACCCCUUCUCUGGGCCUCAGCUGUAGUGAGGCUUGGGACAAUGGGCCCAGUAUGUUACCCGAGAGCCGGCCCCUGCGUCAGCAGCCGGCCCCGCUCGCCCUCGCUCCCGGCUUGAGUUUGUGGCACUGGAUUAUUUUAAAAAGUGGAGUGGAAGGGGGCAGAGAAUUCGGAGCUGGUGAGUUGGCCGUGCCCCACUGCCGGGGGAUGGGAUUCUGUCUCUCCUCCUCGCGCGCUCUCUGCGCGGCCUGGCACGAAGACUCCUGGUCUGUUGUGGACAUGCAGCCACCUCUGGGGUGGACCGAAGCAGCCGUGCAGCAGCAGCAGCACUACGCGGUCGGAGGCAACAGGCCCUAUCCUGCGAGAGCCCCAAGGCCAGAGAAUGGCUUUGCCCUGGCUGGUGUCUGGGACGAGCAUCCCCGAGGGCUGGGGGAGCGGGAAUGGUCAGGACGCAGGGGCGACGUUCUAUCCAAAACCUGGUACCUGCUCCUGGCAGCAUGGCCCCCCUGACAGCCGCAGGGGUCCCCCAUUGGCAGCACGGCCCCGGGGUCAGCCUUGACUCAGGGAAGGGCGCCCCCUAGUGCCAGGCAAGGCUCAGCACCGCCAAGGGGCCCCCUGCCGGAGGAAUCGGCCCCUCUGCCCAAUGGGGUGGCUGCUCCGGGAUCUCUGAAAAGGGCUCAGGGCGGUGACUAGAAACACAGCCGGGGCGGGCCAGGCUGCCCUCCUUGCGGGGGCAGUCUGAGCCCGGGGCGGCUGCAUUUUGCCCACCAUGGCUAACACCCGGCUCUGGGCCCGGGCCGCUCUGCUGGGCGCCCUGCUGGGGCUGGUGCAGGGGGGCCGGCAGCUGGGCAAGCUGGCUGAGAAGAAGCUGUGUGCGGACGCCGACUGCAGCCAUCCGAUCUCCAUUGCGGUGGCUGUGCAGGAUUACAUCGCCCCCGACUGCCGCUUCAUCCCCAUCCAGCGCGGGCAGGUCGUCUACGUCUUCUCCAAGCUGAAGGGCCGCGGGCGGCUGUUCUGGGGCGGCAGCGUGCAGGGGGAUUAUUACGGGGAGCACCCCGCCCGCCUGGGCUUCUUCCCCAGCAGCGUAGUCCAGGAGAACCAGUACCUCAAGCCGGGGAAGGUGGAGGUCAAAACUGAUCAAUGGGAUUUCUCCUGCCAGUGAGUCCUGCCUCGGGCCCAGCUGCCAGCGCUCCGGCUCCCGGCACACCCACCUGGACCCCGUGACUGUAGUGCUUGGCCCAGGCUGUGCUGCUGCUCCAGAGCCCUGGGGUCAGGCUACAGCGAAGGAAAUGCACGCAAUACUUCCCCCCCCCCCCCCCCCUUGCACUGGGGUCUCUGGUCGUGGGGCAGCCCCUUGUAGCUUCACCCUCCCUACCCCCUGCCUUGGCCAAUCCUAAAUAAAGCCCCCCUGCAGCAAA